UCUGCGUCCCAAUGAGUUCGUCGUUCCCUUCAGUCAGCUGAGCGCGCCUCGGCUCCGCUCGCCUGUGCCGACUCGGUGACUGUAAGAAACGCACACAAAGUCUGAGACGUCGACGAAUCAUGCUCGACCUCAGUGUCUUCCUUCCAUGCUGAAAGACCCUGCACACGUUUCUGGGCGAGGAAUCCGUGGACGACCGCAGUCAACGCGGUGUUUCUGCAGCAGAUCCAGAGAGAGGAGCCUGUUUGCAUCCCUCUGCAGGUGCAAGACAAUGGAGGUGAAAAUCGAUCAGCAAGAAGAAGACAUCACAUUCAGCAACACUGACACUAAUGGUAAACGGCCAGCUGAAGACAUGGACGAGGAACAGGCCUUCAAACGCUCUCGCAACACAGACGAGAUGGUGGAGCUGCGUGUGCUGCUUCAGAGCAAAAAUGCUGGUGCCGUAAUCGGAAAGGGGGGAAAGAACAUAAAAGCUCUACGCACAGACUACAAUGCGAGUGUAUCUGUCCCAGACAGCAGUGGCCCAGAGCGGAUCCUGAGUGUGAACGCUAGCAUUGACACAAUCGGAGAGAUUCUGCUGAAAAUCAUUCCAACGUUAGAGGAGUACCAGCAUUACAGUGGAAUAGAUUUUGACAGUGAGCUUCGCCUGCUGAUCCAUCAAAGUUUGGCAGGGGGCAUCAUUGGGGUAAAAGGUGCAAAGAUAAAGGAGCUGAGAGAGAACACCCAGACAACCAUCAAGCUGUUCCAGGAGUGCUGUCCUCACUCCACUGACAGAGUGGUGUUGGUGGGAGGAAAACCAGAACGUGUCGUUGAAUGUAUCAAAGUUAUCCUGGAGCUGGUGUCAGAGGCUCCCAUCAAAGGUCGCACCCAACCUUAUGACCCGAAUUUCUACGAUGAGACGUACGAUUACGGCGGCUUCACCAUGUUGUUCGAGGAGAGAGGCAGACGACCCAUGGGGGGCUUCCCCAUCCGUGUGCGGGGUGGCUUUGAGCGCAUGCCCCCCCCUGUUCGUGGCAACCGACCCAUGCUUCCUUCAAGAAGGGACUACGACGACAUAAGCCCCCGUCGUGGUCCUCCGCCGCCGCUGAGCAGAGGCGGGCGAGGAGGCAGCCGAGCACGUAACCUGCCUCUCCCCCCGCCACCGCCGCCAAGAGGAGGGGGAGACCGCUUCUCACAUGGCAGCUAUCACAGCAGCCUGGACGACAGACCAAGUGAUAGAAGAGGCAGAGGAGGAGAGCGUUACGACAGCAUGAGUGGAGGCGGAUAUGACAACAAUUCUUCCUGGGACCACUUUCAGUCUGGCGGUAGAGGCUCGUACAGCGAUAUUGGAGGCCCAGUCAUCACAACACAAGUCACCAUCCCAAAAGAUCUUGCUGGCUCCAUCAUCGGUAAGGGAGGCCAGAGGAUCAAGCAGAUCCGCCACGAGUCCGGUGCAUCCAUCAAGAUUGAUGAACCACUAGAGGGCUCUGAGGACCGCAUCAUCACCAUCACAGGAACACAGGACCAGAUCCAGAAUGCCCAGUACCUGCUGCAGAACAGUGUGAGGCAGUACUCUGGGCGCUUCUUCUGAGGAGGUGGAAGUAAUGGAGAAGAUUGAAGCCAUGCUGCCAAACUGUUUGCUCCCUCUAAUCAGAGCCUACAUUCCUCCGCUUCGGGUCGAUGUGCCCCCCUCCCCAACAUAUCAAAAAAAAAAAAAAAGUACAUCUAUAAAGAGCAAUUUUCAUUCUUAAGGAGUUUUUAAAGAGAGGUCUUAAGCUGCCAAAACUCGAACAAGGAUUCAACAUCAUCUUUCUGUGCUGGUGUACUCAUUUUUUAGGACAUUCUCGUACCGAGUCAACUCAUCGGUGUGAUCCCUUUUAAUGUCGUGAGCUCUGGCCCUUUAUCUUCAGUAUUUCAGAUCAGCAUGCAGAAUGUAAUCGUUUUGUAAGGAACUCUGUGAUUUUACCUUCUUUUUUUUUUUCCUUAUAGUUAAAGCACACUCUUCAAAUGAAGAUGCAUGCUCUCUGAGUGGUAAAGGUUUGGCAAGUGCAGAAGGUCAUGCUUGCAAUAUUUUUUGUUCUUGAGGUCUGGAGUUUAUUAUGUUAUAACAUCAAGAUAAUGCAGCUUAUUUUCUUGUGAUAACUGGUAAGUUUACCUUUUUAAAAAAAAAAAAGGUUACAAGAUUUUCUGACAAAAAAUCAUAAACUGAGUUUGUCAUUUGGAGGAAGUUCUUUAACUGGAUAAAGUUUUAUUUAAAGGCAGGGUAAUAAGUUAGCGCUUUUCAUGUUGACGUAUUCAAAAUAAGCUUAUCUUCAAAACAACAACAUGGUUUGAUUAUCUGAAGAUAACUAGUUAAUUAUAUCUAUCUUAUGUACGCUUCUUUUUCUAUGGUAAUAGGUUCAUCACCGUAACAACGCAUCACUGAAAAAUUAUUGUUGGAAUCUCAAAAAGUUUUUUGCUUCUUUAUCUUUAAAUGAAAGGCAUGUUUUUUUAAUGAUGUCAGUAAACCACAUCAUCUCCAGAAAACAAAAGGGUCGUGUUCAGGAUUUAUCAAAAGAAAAAAAAUAUAUAUUUUCUUGAGACCAAAAGUUGAAAACUGUUAAAUUUUCAACAUAGCCUGAUUUCUUUUAGUAACAAGAUAAUCAUUAAGUAACAGAGAUCACAAGUUAUUUCUUACUUUAUGUCAAGUUGACAGGUUUCCUUUCUGCUUGCAAUAAGGUCAUUGAACUUGUGAUCUCAAGAAAAAAACAAACUAGAGAUAAAUAAUCACCUCAUCACUUUUGUUAUCUGGUGAUCAAGCGGUGAUCAUUUCUUUAUCUCUAAAAUAAAAAGAAAAAAAGAUUAUUAUUUUUUUCCAUGUGAUAGUGGAGUAAUUUAUCUUGUUCGAAUACAUGAUUCAAUAUUAGAUUACACGUCUUCUUGAGGGAAAAUUAAUUUUGUUGAGAAACAAAACUAAUACCAGAUGAUUUAUGGCAUGAAAAAAAAAUUGCAAGCAAAUCCGUUCUCAGCUUUUUUAUUAAAUAACACAUUUAAGGGAUGUUAAUGUAUACAUGACAACCAACAUCCCUUUUCACCUUUUGUUUUUUUUAGGCUUCAAUGGAGUAGUUUGACAUUUUGGGAAAUAUGAAAAACCCCCUCUGAAGGUCACUACCUUUUUUUUUUUUUUUCUUUUUAAAGACAGAAAAGGUGUAAUCUUCUUGUUUGGGUAGCCAGCCAACUCCCUACCAGAAAUUCAAUAAACCUAUUUCUGAAAACACAAUUCUUUUGCUUCAAGUUUGAGUCAAUGUGCCAUUGUAGUAUAGCAAAAUCACAAUGUUAGGGUUCUUUGUUUUUCAUUGAAACACAAUCCAUUGUAUGAAGUGUGUGUGUGUGUGUGUGUAUAUUUAUAUAGAAACAGUCAUUUCAUGAUACAACAUACUGCGUUUUUAAAGACAGUGUUAAUCUUUCAUUUUAAUGCUGUUUGAUUUCUUUUUUUUUCCACUCAUUUUUUGUUGAUUUGUUGAUUGAAUUUGGUCAGUUUGUAACUUUUUCCUCUAUAAAGGGCUGUUAUCUGAAGAUGCAGCUUUACGUGAGGAGUGUGCAGCUUUGGGAGUCCAUGUGAUAUUUCCUCUCUGUUCAUAUUUGUACCUCAGUGUCUUGAUAUCUGUACUUACCUGCAGGUGUUGAGUAAAUAAAGUCAUCGUUCUCAA